AAGAGCUCGCCUGAAAGAAAAUGGGUUUUUGGUCGGAACGAAUCGUGCGACCAUGUUUUUGGGCCUAUAAGCAGAUUAUCAAACAAACACUUUUCAAUAUGGCUCAAUGACUCUAACAAUUUUUUGUUUUUGCAAGACAGAUCCACAAAUGGGACCUAUCUCAAUGGGACACGAAUUGUUAAGGGCCAAAAUUACAUUUUAAACCACGGCGAUGAAAUAUCCGUGGGAAUUGGUCAGGAUGCCGAUAUCAUAAAAUUCAUAAUAUUGAUUUCGCCUGAUCACUGGCCGACAAAGAAGAAGUUGAGAGAUGUGAACCAAAAAAAUGAUGGAAUAUACAAACAUUUUACCAUAAUGGACGACAUCGUCGGAGAGGGUGCUUUUGCUACUGUCAAGAAAGCUAUUGAAAAGAAAACUGGCACUAUAUAUGCUGUCAAAAUCAUAUCAAAAAGAAAGAUCGAAGGCACAAAUGUAGCUGUCGCCAGAGAAUUGAAAGUCCUAAGUGAAUUGCACCAUCCCGGAAUUGUAAGGUUGAAAGCGUUUUAUGAAGACGAAAAUUUUUAUUAUCUUGUUAUGGAAUAUGUAUCUGGUGGUGAUUUGAUGGAUUUUGUAGUUGCUCAUGGUGCAAUCGGCGAAGAAGCUGCCAGACAGAUAACAAAACAAAUUCUUGAAGCUAUUAAAUAUGUUCAUGAUCUAGGUAUAAGUCAUAGGGAUUUAAAACCUGAUAAUAUUUUAAUAGCUCAAGACAAUCCAACCAUUGUUAAAAUAACAGAUUUUGGAUUAGCCAAAAUAUCUGAUGGAACUUUUUUGAAAACCUUUUGUGGAACAUUGGCUUAUGUUGCACCAGAAAUCAUUAAGGAUAGGGUGAAUAUGAAACAAAGACAAUCCAGGAGCCAAAGGACUGCAUAUUCAUGUUUGGUAGAUAUGUGGUCAUUAGGUUGUUUAUUAUAUGUUAUAUUAACUGGCCACUUACCAUUUAGUGGAGGCACUCAAGAAAAUUUAUUCUUACAAAUUAAAAGAGGUUCAUAUCAUGACACUCCAAUAAAGGAAGCUGGAAUAAGUAACACUGCAAGAGACUUUCUUAACAGCUUAUUGGAAGUCGAUCCGAAUUAUAGGCUAACGGCUGCAAAGGCUUUAGAUCAUCCAUGGAUUAAAGUUGCAAUAGAUUCACCAUCACAAAUAAGUUUAUCACAAUCUCAAUCAAACCAAAAAAGGCAUGAUGAAAGUUUCCUUCAAAAUGAUAUGCAAUUUAAGAAAUCCAAAAAAGAAAAAAAUCAUUCAAUCUCUGAAGGCGAAAUUAGCAUUCAAUCUAACUUAAUACUGAAAGCUGAUAAAAAGAUUCCUGUUGGGACAUAUUUGACUUUGAAAUUAAUACAAGACAAUGAAUAUUAUAAUAAAAUAACAAAUAUUGAUAAAACAAUAUAUAUAAAACAAAGUGGAUCUAAACCAUUUAUAAUAGGGAGAAAUUCUGUUUGUAAUUUAAAUAUUAACGAAAUUAGAAUAUCUAAAGUUCAUUGUAUAAUAAUUCGGAAAAGACAUGUUGUGGGUGAUAGUAUUUAUGAAUCACCAGCACAGGGACUUGAUGAUAUUUGGCUUAUUGAUUUUAGUACAAAUGGAUGUAUAAUUAAUAAUAAGAUUAUUGGGCGUCGAAAGAAGACAAAGAUUUAUCAUAAUGAUGUUUUACAUUUAUUUUAUGAUAAGGACAGUAAAGAAAAAUUAUCCUAUAAAUUAAUAAUUAACGAUGGGACAGGACUAUUUUUAAAUGGGAAC